UAGCGGCGCGGCGGGUCCUGGCAGGUUGAGGGGGCCCUCUAGGGUCCUGGCAGGUUGAAGGGUCCCCGUAGCAACAAGGCUGGGUCCUGGCAGGUUCAGGGGGUCCCAUGGGGUCCUGGCAGCUUGAGGGGGUCCCAUAGGGUCCUGGAAGGUUGAGGGGCCCCCUAAGGUCCUGGCAGCUUGAGGGGUGCCCCAGCAGCAGGGCAGCUGGGGGCGCAGCUUGGGUGUCCACCACGGUGGGGGCUUGGGGACGUCGCUCGGAGCCCCCUCCGUGUCCUCAUCCCCCACGCUGAGACCCCUGAGGCUCCGAUCCGUCACCCACGGCGGGCUGCUGGGGCCCGGGAGCCCUGCCCGUGUGCUCCCCGCUGGGGACGAGGGACGAGGGAGCAGCAGCGCCUACACGCCGGGCACCCCAGUUGUCGCUCUCUGAUGCCUGUAACCGAUAGUAACCAUGCCAGCCCAGAAGGACAGAUGGUUUCCUUCCUUCUCUUUCCUGCUCUUCUGUGCUUACUUCAUUCCGAUGCUGGGAAGUACAAGUCCGCUACAGGAGUUGAGCCCCCAGGAGUAUUUCAGCAGCUUGCAAGCUGGCAGGGCAUCCCUGGCUUAUUUCAGCCAUAAAGUUUCUCCUGGUGCCCAGCCCUUCUUGGAACAGAUUGAGAACUCAGUCGAGGCUCUGCAGGACUAUGGCAUUUCAGUGGUGAAGGUUAACUGUCCCAAAGAGGAUGUCUCAAGAUACUGUGGAAAAGAAAAUGCAUUAAGGAAAGCCUACCUGUUCAGAGGGAACAUGCUGAUCAGAGAGUUUCCUACUGAUGCCUUGUUUGACGUGAACUCCAUUGUUGCUAAUGUUCUGUUUGCCCUGCUCUUUAAUGAAGUUAAAUACGUUGAAACACUGACGGAUCUUCAGAACAUGGAAAAUGCACUGAAGGGGAGGUCGAACAUGGUCUUCGCGUAUGUACCAGCUACUGGAACAGCAGAGCACAGAGCUGUGAUGGAAGUGGCUUUUGUCUACGGGACUGUCCACCAGUUUGUUCUGACAACUGAGGCAACGCUGUUGAAAGACACCAGCAGCGAUGAGCCUGAUGCAUCGUCUGCCCGGCUGUUGUUCUGCCACUGCCAGCACGCCACGGACGUGGUGCAGCCCUGCAGGAAGACACCCCUGGAGCAGGAUCUGACCGUGCUAAACAUCCACAGACACCUCAAACUCAUGGGGGCUCCUCUUGUGACAGAGGUUGCUGAGGACCCGGAGAAGGUUUCCACUGUUCACUUACAGCUUGGGCUACCACUUGUGUUCAUCCUCAGCCAGAAAGAGACCUACGAGGCAGACAGGAGAACAGCAGAGUUUUUGGCCUGGCAGCUCUUGGGGAAGGCAGGAGUUGCCCUUUUGUCCAGGGACCUCGUGGAUUUGAAUGUUCUGCUCCGGUCAAACGUCGCUCUCAAGACACCAGAUGAGGGAGUGCCAAUCAAAUACCUGGUCUUGGAAGACACCGAUGAAGUUAUAACCCUGGUGGAAGAUAAGAGCAAGGUCGAACAAAUCCUGGAGGAUGAGGAUGAGGAUGAGGAUGAGGAAGAUGAGGAUGAAAAAGAGAAUGACAGUCAAGAUGUUCAGGAUGAUCAGGUGGUGGAAGCAGUUUCCAGGGACAAGAAGCGAGAGCUGCCCUUGGAACAGAUCCUUACCCUGACGGAGGAGACCUUUCACUCUGCCGUGUUGAAAGCUGCCCAGACGGUGGUGCUGUUUUAUGCCAGCUGGGAGGCAGUGUCCCUGGCAGUGCUACAGUCUUACACAGAGGUGGCCGAUCACCUGAAAGGAGUUCAGGGCGUUUUGCUCUCCCGGGUAAACUGCUGGGACUGGCCUGGUGUUUGCACGACAGAGAAUGUCACCCAGUUUCCUACCAUAAAGAUUUACAAGAAGGGAGAGCAACCGUUAACGUACAACAGCAUGUGGGGAACUGAAGAACUGACCAGCUUCAUCAUGUUGAGCCGAGUUUCCUGCCCUGUGAAGCUGAUGACGAUUGAUGAAGCAGAAGGGUACUUAAGAGGAGAGCUUCCAUCAGAGCUGUCGUCCUAUCACCACUCUUCGGUUCUAGGAGUAUUUAGCACAGCCAUGAGUAAAGCCAAGGAAGCUUUCAUAGAGGCAGGAAGCAUCUUAAGUGGGCACGUGACAAUGGGGAUGUAUUUUGAAGAUGAUGCCUUGGCUCUGUCCCGUAAAUACGCAGUGUCUCCCCCGGCCCUCCUCCUUGCCAGGAGCGGAGAUCGGAGUGUGGAAGGCAUCGCUUUGUCCAAAGAGAGCGCGCAGGACAUCGUGCAGAUGAUCAGAUACAGAUUGCUGGACAUGUUUCCAGAAAUCACUGUGCGAAAUCUGCCUCGCUACUUGCAGCUCAGGAAGCCCUUCCUCAUCUUGUUUAGCGAUGGUGACAUCGGUCAGCUGGAAAGCAAGGAAAUGCUGAAGCUGGCAAAAGCGAUGCCCCAGCAAGCGUUUGUACCUUGCUGGUUGAACUUGAAGAACACCCCGGUGGGCCACGGGGUCCUGAAGGCGUACUUUGCCACCGUGCCUUCGUUGCCUGUUCUCGUCUGGGUGAACCUUCAUGCUGGGGGUCAAGUGUUCAAGUUCCCAUCAGAGCAGUCUAUCACCGAAACGAACAUCUUGUCUUGGCUGGAGAAGCUGAAGGCAGGACUGGAGAUUCCCAGCAGUACCUUGUCUGAGGACGACUGGAAGCCACCUCUUCCUGCUUACAAUUUCCUGCAAAUGAUGGACACCGCAGCGCCCGAAUUCAGCCUCCGUACCUCCUACCGCCACGGGGACGGGCAGGAGCAGCAGCAGCCAGAAGGCUCUGAAGAGAAAGCCACAGUCAGGGAGGAAACGCCUGAGGAAGCUGGGGUGAAGGCAGAGAAAAUCCAGUCCCCCGGGAGGGACCUGCGUGGGACGGCCCCGAGGCUGGCAGGGAGGGAAAAGCAGGCCAAAAGACACAGUGAGCUGUGAGAGUGAAAGGCUGUGGGACGGUGCCCAGAAAAAAAAACUCCCUCACUUUCUCAGCCCUCAGGGAGCCUCGCAACAGGAGAGAGAGAAAUAGGGAUGCUGUGGGGAGAGGCGGU